AUGUUUGCCGCCAGAGCCACUUUGAUCAGACUGUUCCGAACCAGUGCCCGCACCCUUGCCAAGGGCGACAAGUCGACGAUUGACCUGUUCCGCCUCCCGUCGCAGACGUCGAUCAACGACUGGGAGUUCCGCUACGACUUCAUGCCCAAGGUCGCCACCCCGAAGACCCCCGCCGUUACCGAAGAAGCGGUGAAGUCGCAAAUUGCUGAAGACAAAGUGAAACAAGUCGAGCGCGAGUUGUUUGCCCAGGAAUCCAACCAGUCGGCGGUGUCGGAAGGGUCCCACGCCAAGGUGUUGCACGGGGGUGAACACGUCGAACACACCCCCAUUGACGAUGUUGCUACUACUGAAGCCUCCACUCCCGUCGACGUGUCGCGUCCUCAAGCGACUGACCUGGCGUCGGUGAAACCCGUCAACCAGGAGAAGUACGUCCACGCUCUGACCAACCCCGACUUGAACAAGCCGGAAGUGGUCAACUUGGGCGCCGACAACGAGGUCGACCACAAGACGCAACCGAUCAGCCAGGCGGAAGUUGUCGACGAUAUCGAACACGACAACUUGAAGCACGCGGGCCAGGAACAACCGAAGAACCAGGGCGGUAGCAAAGUGCCGAUCGGGGUGAUUGCCGGCGUCGCCAUCGGCACCGCUGGCUACUACUUCAUGGCCCAACCCAAGGACAAACCGCUGCAACCUAAGCAGUAA